UAGAGAAAAUAGAGGGAGAGAAAAAAUAAAAGGGGUCGAAAAUAUGAAAUAAUGAGAAAGGGAGCCUGAAAGAAAAGAGCAAGUGAAAUGUGAGAGUAAUAAAAAAGGAGGGAAAAUUUCAUAAAGAAAAAAAUAAAUAAAGGCAAAAACAGGAGAUGGUGUAAAAAGAGAGAGGGAAAUUUUAUAGAAAGAAAAAUGAGAAAGAGUAUUGAAGCGAUUUCUUUUUUUUUCAAUUUAAGAAGGAGAGAGAGAGAGCGAGAUUAGAGCAGCUCUGUCUUCUGUCGUCUCCAUUAACAACAUCAACAGCAAUAAUGAAAGAUCUUAUGGAAGAGACAAGGAAGUACGGCCAGCGGUUGAAAGGGAGAGAAAUUUGCGAGACAAAAUUAUUUAAGAUGGAUUGAAUAUUUUUUAUUUAAAAAAAAAAAAGAAAGAUAACUUCGAAAAAGUGAAUCCUUAAAAAUACCAAAAAAAAAAAUUAUGAAAAAGAAAAAUAUAAGGAGUUCAACGAUGGGCGUUAAUAGAAGAGAUUAGAAAUUAAUCUAAACUCAAGCGGAGGAUAUAAGGGACAUAUACCAUUAUUGGAGUACACACUCAUUCUCACAUACACAUAUCUAUUUGUCUAUUUCCCUCACUCACAUUCUCUUUCUUUCUCUGUGUGUGUGUAUGUAUAUAUAUAUAUAUAAAUAUAUAUAUACAUACACACACAUAUAUCAUUGUAUCUACUUGGGUCUUAUUUUUUUCACACUUACAAAAUUAUUGUUAUCAAAUUGUUCCUAAAUAAAUUAAUCGUUACUAAUUAUAAAGUUCGAAAAUCGAUCUUUUGAGACACCAAAAAAAAAAUUAAGUUCGGCUUAAAUAAACUAAUAAAUAACACAAAUAAAAACAAAAAGCUACAAAAAUACACCCCUUCCCCCUCUGCAAGCCAGACGAAACGAAACCUCACAAUAAUAAAAAAAAAAACAACAAAACCACACUAAAGUAACUGAAGCAGCCCGACUGCAGCAAGUUUGAGUUUUUUUUAUGUCUGAUAAAUUUAGUUGAAGUUUAGAGAAGACAUGCUGGAUGUGUGAUAGAUAUUUAUAUAUAUUUUUCGAGAGGCAGAAUUUGUUUGCCAAAUUUUCCAGUGAAAAAGCCGAACGUUGCCGAAGGACGAAUGACGUCACGUGUGAAGAGAGGAGGAAGACAGCAGGUCCGAGAAAUGGCGACUCCAUGAUAUAUGUGUCGUAUCAGGGGGUGACUUUUCCGAGCCCUUUACUGCGAUUUUUUGGGGGAAAGUACUAUUGUCGGAAGUCUUUACAGCUACAUAAAUAAUCACUUGUUGUAACUUAUCACAAGGAAUUGUCGAAAAUGGCGGCAAAUAUGUACCGGGUAGGAGACUAUGUAUAUUUUGAGACUUCCUCGACUACCCCAUAUCAAAUCCGGCGUAUCGAGGAGCUUAAUAAGACUCCGAAUGGCAAUGUCGAGGCUAAAGUUAUGUGUUUUUAUCGGCGGAGAGAUAUAUCUAGCUCGCUGAUUCUUUUGGCGGAUAAACAUCAAAAAUUCCCAUUCUCAGAAACCUCAGAAGAUUCUGGUCAUGAACCCUUAGCAGUGCCACCACUAACUGCUGCAGCAGCAGCAGGACCAUUUCCUUCUAUGGAAGAAGAUUCCGAAGAGAUCAAUGAUGACAUCACAGAGAAACAACGCCAUCAAUUGAAGCACAGAGAACUCUUCUUGUCAAGACAAGUCGAGACUUUACCAGCAACACAUAUUCGAGGAAAAUGUGUUGUCACACUUUUAAAUGAAACAGAAUCAUUAUUAUCAUAUUUGAACAAAGAGGAUACAUUUUUUUAUUCAUUAGUAUAUGAUCCACAACAGAAAACAUUGUUGGCAGACAAAGGUGAAAUUCGAGUUGGUUCAAAAUAUCAAGCAGAAAUUACUCCUUUACUUAAAGAAGGUGAAAAAGAUGGAAGAAGCUUGGAUGAACUUGAGCAGUUAAUUUGGCUGCCUGGCCCUGAUAACACCUUAACACCAAAAGAAAUUGAUCAGUUUUUGAUAUUAGCCAGGUCUGUUGGUACAUUUGCUCGAGCUUUGGAUUGUACCAGUACUGUGAGGCAGCCAAGUCUUCAUAUGAGUGCAGCAGCAGCUUCAAGAGAUGUCACAUUGUUUCAUGCCAUGGAUACUUUACAUAGAAGUGGCUAUGACAUAGCGAAAGCUGUUACGAGUUUGGUACCACAAGGUGGUCCUGUACUGUGUCGGGAUGAAAUGGAAGAAUGGUCUGCAUCUGAAGCUAAUCUAUUUGAAGAAGCACUAGAUAAAUAUGGCAAAGACUUCAAUGAUAUAAGGCAAGAUUUUCUGCCUUGGAAGUCAUUAAAAAGUAUCAUUGAAUAUUAUUAUAUGUGGAAAACAACAGACAGAUAUGUACAGCAAAAAAGAAUAAAAGCUGCUGAAGCUGAAAGUAAGCUAAAGCAGGUUUACAUUCCCAACUAUAACAAACCCAAUCCAGCAGCCAUUAGUGGGAAAGUGAAUGGUGUCGACGGUCAAGUUUCUGGACGAGCUUGUGAAAGCUGUUAUGCUGCCAAUUCCAGUCAGUGGUAUUCAUGGGGACCUGCACAUAUGCAGUGCCGUCUCUGUUCCUCUUGUUGGAUUUACUGGAAAAAGUAUGGUGGUCUUAAAAUGCCUACUAGGUUAGAUCACAGGAUUGAAAAAUCAGAGGCUGACAGGAUAGAUCCUAUGAGAGAGAGAUUAGCUCAUCUAAACGCUAUGCGAAUGCACAGGUGUACAAUAGCAGGAUGUGGUAAGGAAUUCAAACUAAAACCUCAUCUUGCUAGACAUCUUGCAACAGCCCAUGGUCUCGCCAUUCGUGCAGGCAGUCCUCGGCCAAUGAUGAAAACUCGAGCAGCAUUCUGUCUUAUUACCACACCUCUAACAAGAAUCUCUAGGAGAUUAUGCAAAGAUAUACUUCGACCAAGACAUGCAGCUCGGUGUCCUUUUGUUCCCAUUAAUAUUGCAGCGAUAAAGCAAGAAUCUGCCGGAUUACCAAUAUUUCAAGAUGGUUCUCAAGGACACCUCAUUGAUGCAUUGACAGCUUCCACUGAAAAACGCACUGACAAUAAUGGUCAGUUGCGGUUAACAGAAGGUGGCAGCAACCGACUAUCUAUGAACAUCAAAGCAAAAACCCCUGCAACUUUAGAGUCCAUUGUCUCUCGUCUUGGAAUAGAUAUAAAAAUGGAAAAACCUUCUAUGUUCUGCAGACCAGAAGGUGAUCAAAGAAAGCAACCACAGAGGUUAUCUUUCCCACCAGUCUCUUCACCUAUGACACGCUUACCAGAACCGAAGAUGGAACCUAUAGUCCCGCGAGUCUCAACAAGUCAGCCUUCCAUUAUGAAGAAGAGAGGAUAUGAACAAAGCAAUGGUUUGGAUGGUCCUCCUGCUAAACGACAGGGCCUCGGAGUAAUUCGGCAAGCAGGAAGUGUUCUUAGAACACCAGCUACAAUGCGAGGAUCAGUCAUAAACCGCAACAAUAUGAACGGCCGAAGCAAAACCUCUGGAAUAAGGCCUAUGAAAAUGCACAUGAUCAGCUGGAUUGAUGCUCCAGAUGAUGUUUACUUUUUGGCCACGGAUGCAACUAGAAAACUGCGAAGACAGCUCUUGCCACAGGACUUCAAACGUGCUGCCAGGAAUCCCUGGCGUGUACUGCCAGCCAAAUCAGGACCACAUCAUAGUGAGGGCCAGGAUGCAAUAGUUAUCUUGGACUGAACCAUUACAAUAAUUCUUCAACUACCAUCUGUAUUUGAGGUACUUCUCUGCUGCUGCUGCUGCUGCUGCCGCUACACCUGCCAGUCUUGUUGCCGUGGGCGGGCAUAUUGUUAGCCGCGUUGAGACAGCAGCAUUGGCCAGACACUGUUGCCAACCAGUGUCAUUUCUGGCUACUUCUCUUCCUUCUCCUCCUCCUACACCAACUUACAGGUGUUUCAGAGGAAUUGGCGUCAUGUUGGAAGGAGUUAACAAGCUAGUUAACCAGGAAACCAGCCAAAUUAUUGCUAACAGAUCAUUUAAGAAACUCAUCAAACUCUACAAAACUGUUACAGUGUUAUCACUUGAGCAUUGGCAUCAUAUGCUGUAUUAGCUCUUUCUGAGAGAACAUCCUCUCUGACCAAAUCAACUCCAAGACUGCUGUCGCAUGAACGGUGGCACUGUUUGAAGGUCCUUCUAUUACUAAUGCUACUACUAUUACUACCACCAUCACCACUAUUAUAACUAUCACUACCACAACAACUACUACUAUGACUUCUACUAUAACUACAUCUUCAUUAUCAUCAGUUUGAGGGAAUUAAAAAAUGUUUGUAAACCCUAAAAAUGAUGGACUUGUGCUUCAUGGAUGACUUUGGUUAAUUGAGCUGCCUUCUCCGCUACUAAGCCUUCCGUUGGCCACGGUAUAGUUCUUGUAUGAGUAGCUUGAUUAGUCUUCUUGGCCAGAGACAACAUCAUCUUGAUGUAUUUGAUGUAUGCAUGGUUUGUGUGAAAGUGUGCAUGUGCAAUGCAACCAGUCGGGAUCCAACGACACAGGAAAGCCCAGCGAGGCCCCUUGUGUACUUUUAGGUUAUCAUCAACUGUAUAGAGCUGGUCGGUUUCAACAAUAUUUGUCUAUAUAAUUUACAUUAUAAAUUUGUCUUUUGUAUUGUAGAAGUCCAGUAGCAUUUUCUAUGAAAUGAACAAUAACAAAACAAAAAAAAAAAACAGGAAAAAAUCUUUAAAAAAAAAAAUGAGGAUAAAAUGUUAAAGAAAAAAAAAACUGAAAAAAAAAAAAAAGUUCCCACAAAACCUAGUGCCCCUCUCCCUACUUUCCUACUGUCUCAUUAGGAAGUUGGUACAAACAAACAAAAGGAUAAGAGCAGUUGCUAGAAGGUCUUGACAAGGAAACUGUAUAAAAACAGAAAACAGUCGGAAAAGAAGGAAUGGUUGGCAACAGCAAUUUCUCCAUAAUCCUCGGUGUUGUUGGUGAAUGAUAAGUUAUCGGCACU